AUGAUAAAGCUCAAAGGAGUUUACGAUGAUGCGACGCGAGCAAUAAAGGGUAAUAACGCAAAAUCUGCAAGAUCAGCGUUGAAGGCGGCAACCGCUGCCAUGAAAGCGACCAAGGCUGUCUAUCAAAUCAAGGCUAAAAGCUACUCCGAUGCUAUAAACUAUACCGAGGUUGACCAAUUCAGUGAUCGACAAGACGAGCGCACGGUUCGCCAAAAUGGGAAUAACAUGGUUGAUCAGGUAUGGACGACAGGCAUGGGUUCAGAGAUUAAGAGAAAGCUUCAGGGUCGUGGAUUAAUAGGUGCUGGUGUCGCCCCGCUGUAA